CGACGGGAGGGCGGGACCGGGCCUGCGCGCGGCGCCGGGCGGAGCUGCCCUGGAACUUGUAGCCCACCCUGGCCCAGUCCGGGCGUAGAGGCUGGCCGGACGAGCCAUGCACGCGGGGAGAGACGGGCUCUUGGCCGCGGGGAUUCUCGGUGUGGCCUGUCUGGUGCUCCAUUUGGACUUCAUCAGCUGUGAGCCCCAGCCGAUAUACGGAACUGUAAACAUGAGCGUAACUUUGUACACAUCGGGCUCUAUACCCAUUAAAGAGAUAAUGUGGAAAAAAAAAAAAGAUAAAGUCGUAGAAUGGGAUGAAGAACUCUUAAAGCCCAGAGCUUACCCGCCGUUUGUAGAUAGGGUUCAUCUGGACAUCACAUCAGGAAACCUUACCAUCUUCAAUCUAACAUCAUCGGAUGAAGAGGACUAUGAAGUCGAACUUUCAAGCGUUACCGAUACCAAGUUCACCCUUUACGUGAUUGAGCCUCUUCCAUUUCCAACACUAAAUUGCACAUUCACUGCCGAAAACAUUACAGUCCGCUGCAGGAUCCCGGAAACCUACAGCAGCCAUGUAAACCUUAUAAAGUACUCCUGGAAUUGCUUCUCGGAACAGUGUCAAAAUAGCACCAAUUCAUCUGAAGUUUCUAUUAAGAGGGAAAGUGAUCUCUCACAGGAAAUAGAGUGUAUCAUCAGUAAUCCGUUGUCCAAACAGGCAUCAUCACUGGUUUUAGCAACCUGUGUCCCAGAUAAUUCAAGGCACAGUUUUGUGAUUAUAGCAGCAGUGUUAUUUGUGGUGAUACUGGCAAUGUUUGUAUUGCUGUAUGGAAGAGAUUUUCUGAAACGUGGUGGAGAAAGAGACAGAACCGAGAAAGAAGCCAUAAAUGACAGGAAUUCUGACCCCAGCAGCCGGUUGCACACCACCCCGUAGCAGAGGAACAAAACAGGGCUCUUGUUUGGCUCCAGCUGACUGGUGCUUCAAGAUGGUUAAACCAAGUGUACAGUAACUAAGUUAUUUAAGUAACGAAAAGCCAUCUGGUUUACCAUUGAAGUUUGACAUCAUUUUCAAGGAAAUUGUGGAAUCCUAACCUGAAGUGGUCCUUUGGCAGAGGGUUUUUUUGGGAACACUUGGUGGGGUGGGGGCGGGGGGGCUCAGUCGACUGAACUUCUGACUCUUGGUUUCGGCUCAGGCAUGAUGCCAGGGUCGUGGGAUUGAGCCCUGUGUUGGGUCCAUCCUGAGUGUGGAACCUGCUUGGGAGUCUCUCUCUCCUUCUGCCCCUUCCCCACUCACGCUCACUCUUUGCCCUCUCUCUCUCUCUCUCUCUCUCUCUC